AUGGCUAUUAAUCCUGAUACAUGGGAGGAGUUAGAUCCGGAUGAGCUAUCAUAUGAUCAUACGGUAAUACCUCUUCAGCAUCAUGUAAGCUUUGGUCUUAAUCUUGUAAGUCGGUCCUUUGAAUUUCAGGCUGAUGCUUUUGCUCAGAAGCUUGGCUAUGCCUCACUGCUUCGAGCAAGACUCCCAUUGGCAACAGUUUGGAGAAGUGGUGGAAUUGUUUAUGUUCGUCCGUAUUUAGAGGAACUUGCUACCUUUUUAGAAGAGAACCUGUCAGCUAUGAAUACUGAUCCUUUGUAUUCUGCCUAUCACUAUUCUCAUCCUCCCUUUGUUGAAAGACUUGCUGCAAUUGAUGAACUUGACAAGAAGGAAGACUGA